AUGGAAGCCCUCCCGCAGCUGCCUGUCCCGCACGGACAGCUUGCUCGUUACAUCUCUGACAAUGCCGACAAGUCCAUGGUUGAGAUCAUGGAGCCCUAUCGCAAGUUCGAAGCAGGACUUCGUGGUGUCUUUGCCCAGGACCGCCAGAAUCCCGCUCUCAAUGACCCGUACAUCAACGUCUUGCCCCUUUUUACGGAGGAUACCAGUUGCAUCACUACGCGAGCUCGAGAUCUCGCUUCCGAGACGGAAGAGGAAAAGUCAAAGUACAUCAUGGCGCUUCCCGAUGAGCAACGCCGAGCACAUGGUUCUCCGGCCACUGUCGGUAGCAUCGCUGAGUUUCAAAAGAACUUCAAUCUCUUCUCGGAGUCAUCCCUCUCGGAGCUCGAUUGGAGCAAUGUCGUCGCUGCUGGCUCGUCUGUCGUCAAUUGUCUCCUGCCCGUUCCCGACGCCUUCAAUGUGAACAAGCGCAAGCUCCGCGAAUACUACCACGAAAAGUUCUGCCCCGCAUCUGACGUUGACCUGUUCCUCUAUGGGCUUACUCACGAUGAAGCUGUUGAAAAGAUCAAGAAAAUUGAACAAGCCAUCCGAGAUGCCAUUCUUACCGAGGUUACAGUGGUGCGCACAAAAUAUGCCAUUACAAUUGCCAGCCAGUACCCCGUUCGUCAUGUUCAGAUUGUUCUGCGUGUUUACAAGUCCAUCAGCGAGAUUCUUACUGGCUUCGAUAUUGACGCGGCGGGAGGAGCGUAUGACGGCAAACAAGUCUACGUCACCCCUCGCGCGCUUGGAAGCUUCAUCACCCAGGUCAAUCACGUCGAUCUAAGCCGCCGUAGUCCCUCUUACGAGAACCGUCUCUCCAAAUACUCUCAUCGAAACUUUGAGGUAUAUUGGGCUGACCUGGACCGCAAGCGUGUCGACCCAACCAUUUUUGAACGAAGCUUCCAGCGGACCCUUGGCCUAGCCCGUCUUCUGGUCCUCGAGCGUCUGCCCACUAGUUCUGCAAGAGAAACUUAUCAGAACAAAAGACGCCUGGAAAGGGGCAGGCCCCAAAUUCAUCGUCAGAAUUUCCGCCUGUUUGGAAACAUCAAGGGCAACCACGAGGAUGAAGUCUCUGAUUGGCUGUCUGAGGAAGAUGUCAGCAACUACCAUACCUUCACUGUCCCGUAUGGAGAAAAGUUUCACGCGAGGCGUAUUGAGAAGCUCUGCUACACAAGAGAUUUGCUCUUGAAUGCAGAGUGGAAUCAACCCAAGGACCGCAAGGUUUACUUGCAUCGCCACCCCGCAUUCUUCGGUCGAGUUCAAGAUGUCAUUGAGGAUUGCUGCGGCAGCUGUCCAGUCCCCGUCACCAACGAGGAAAAGGAGGUUUCUGAAAAAGAAGCGGAGAUUUACAUCUCUGGCAAAGUCUCGUUCAUGAUUGAUGACCCUGGCCGACAACAAAUUGGCUCCUUCAACCCUCUGACUGAGCAAGAUUGGACCGACAUGGCCUAUGUUGGAAAUACCGCACGACUAUGCCAGUCCAUUGUCGAUGGCGAUAUGGAUGACGUUAAGAAUUGGUUGUCUCAAGAAGGAGCAGACCCUAAUCAGAGAGAUUACACGGGCAGAUCGCCUCUCCAACUGGCAGUUACCUCUUCCACUGCCGAAAUUGUCAAAUGUCUUGUCGACCAUGGAGCACGCCUGACAGCAAGACUGGCAGAUGGGAAAACGGCUCUUCACCUGGCUGCCGCCCGUGGCGACGCGGAGAUUGUUAAGAUUCUGAUGGAGAAGAGUAUCAGCAACGAAGAGGAAGAGAAUUGCAAGCAAAAUAAGAAAGAAUGCGCUUCGAAGCAGUCGACUGUCGCCAAAGCCGAAGCUGAGUCAACGUCUCAAGAAUCAGGUGACCGCGACGAAGAAGUCGAAAUUGAAGAUGAGGAUGAAGAUGGAGAGCUUGUCGACGCCACAGAAACGGCUGCAGAUGUCGUUUCUGUUGUUACGGGCUCUUUUGUCAAGGUCAAAGACAGUACCAAUGCCGAUGAGGAUCACCUCCCAGAAGAGUCUGAAGACGAACCAGACUACUACCAGAUUGACCUUCUGGCAUGGGACAUCCCUUGUUCUCCUCUGCAUCUCGCCAUUGUGCAAGGUCACGAGCAUAUUGUUGAGCUCCUUUGUGAUUACGGCGCUGAUUCCAUUCUUCCUGUCAAAAUUUUGAGCGACCACGAAAAUGCAGCUAUCCUCACUCUUGUGCUCGCCCUGUCUCUGCCGCCCGAGAAGGCCAAGUCCAUGGCAGAGCGGUUGCUGAGACUCGGUGCCAUGUGCUCCCAAGCUGACAGCAAUGGAUACACUGCUUUCCACCGCUAUUUGAAGAGUGGAAAGUCUGAGAUGGUGGAUUUACUUCUCACCAACGACAAGGCUGCCGCCAAAGCAGCCGUGAAUCAUCUCUUAAUGACGGGGUAUUCUUGGAACAUGAGCGUUGAGGCCCCGCUCCAGGUCGCCAUUGAGAAUGGUGACAGCGUCAUGGCCUUGAAACUCCUGGAAAUUGGCGCAAAGCCAGAGAUCGAUUUUGAUACUUGGUUGAAGGCUACCAAUUUCGCCAACGAUGGAAAUUUCUCCUCCAACAAUCUAGAAGAGAACAAGAAACAGUUCAAGAGGAACGUUGAGCAGCCCUUGCUGUUCGCGGUUCGAGCAGCAAACGCGGAUGUCGCUCUUCGACUGAUUGAGGGAGGAGCAAAUGUCAACUGCCUCACGGCCACCUCAGAGCAACUGAUCCAAAAUACGUACAUGAGGUCAUACAACAAAGGCGAGUCGGUUCUCGAUGUUCUUCAGCACGUUAUCAAAAAGCUUAGUGAGCCCGAAGAAGAGAGUUCAUCUCCGAACAAGCCUAGGUUGCUACCUGGAAUGGAUGAGUACUUGGCCAAGCUCACGCCUGGCUCAUAUCUUCAUGCACUUGUGUCAUAUGAUAUCAAAAACAAAAAGAAGAUCUUCGAAGCUGGUAUCAAAUAUUACGAGGAGGAGUCCAAGAAGGUCGAGGCAAGAGGCGGCGCCAAGGAGAAACAGGAGGCUAUUGAUUCAGCGAUCUCCGAGUUGAAAAGGAUCGAAAAGGCAAUGAUCGAUGCCGGCGCGAAGACUUUUGCUGAAUUGUACCCCGACAUUGAGACGGCCAAGGAGAACAAUGGCAGUCGGUACUAUGCACCUGAGAAAGAAAAAGAUGCAGUCUACAAAUUCGACCUUUGGUUUCAGAACGAUCGUACCAUGACGGACAGCCGAAGAGAAGGAUACAUCGAACUAAUGGAGGCAGCCUGGCAAGGCGAUAUCAGCAAGAUCAAAUCGUUGACGCUUCAGCCUUGGGGACCCGAUCAGGCUCAGCCACCUCUCAUGGCUGAUAUUCGUGAUAAUCACAACCAUGCGCCAUUUUCCUUUGCAUUUCUGAGAGGUCAUUAUGCUACUGCAAAAGCGAUUCUUGAAAUCAUUCAAGCGCAGUGGACCCCGAAGGAGGUGGACGAGGUCCGGUACAAGAUCGAGGGGGAAAACGAUGACGAAGAGGAUUACGAGUACAGCGACGAUGGGGAAAGCGACGGCGAUUCAGAGAACCACGUUCGGAUAGUCUCGGAAAAGGUGGACAAGAAGUACACAAUCGACAACAUUGGCGAAGUUUCGAUGGAAGUUAGGUCGCACACCAAGCCUGCUGAACGGCUCAUGGCUGGGUUCCGGGUGUUCACGCUCGAGAACGGUGAGUUCCAAGACGGCGAAGUAUAUGGUACCCUUUUCGCGCAUGUGAUCAAAAACGACGACAUGACUGGUCUCAAGGAGUUGCUGGACAUGGCACAGCACUUCUCUGAGGCUCCAAAGGCCGGCGAUGAGGAGAGGAAGUCAACUUUCACAUUCAAGGACGAUGAUUUCAUCCUGGCUGUGAAGUCCGGAAAUACCCAGGCGCUUCGUCAGAUCAUCAAGAAGACAGGCGCUGGCGUGCCACUGGACAAUCUCGUCAAAAAGAGUGGCGUCGCAGUGAAGCAAAAACCGCGAUACUACCAAGGCUUGACUGUAUAUGGCAAAAAGAGAAAUGAUUGGGCGACUGCCGGACGCAACAUGGUUGUCCGAACAUCAGGCGUUCAAACGCCACCACUCCUGCAUGCUGCGCUCGGAGGCCGGCUUGAAUGUGUCGAGUUUUUCCUAAGCGAUGUUCCGCAUCGACUUUAUGCCGAAUACUCGAGGACGAAGCAAGCAAGAGAGGAUUCCCGAUUGAAACACCUGAUGGAUGCUCCUGGCGGGUUCAGCCGGGCAAUUUCGAAAUGGCUUGGUGCUGACAAUGAACUCGUGCUUCAUUGCGCUGUCAUGGCAAAUCCAAGCCAGGAAGCGAACGAACUUGUGGAAUAUUUGGUUGAGACUUGCCCCAGUUCUCUGGAAAAGAAGGCUGCAGGCGGAUGCACUCCGUUGAUGAUUGCUUACCAGCUUGGGCGAAUUGAGUUCGCCAAGAUCCUGAUCGCGGCUGGUGCAGAUCAGUCUACAAGGAACGAUAAGGGCGAAAACAUCGUUCAUGCAGUGAUCAAACCAGACAGCCCCGUCUGUCGCACCAGAACCUUGCUGAACCUAUUGGACUCUGAUCUGCGCAAGCAUUUAUUCCAGCAGCGCCAAAGUCUCAAGGAGAACGGCACGACGCCGCUGCAUUCCUGGAUCUUGGCAUAUGGUAGCCGCAACUACAACUCCGCCUCAACAAAGAAAGUUGUCGCCAUGCUCAAGCUCAUUCUAGAGUAUUCAAACGGCGAGGAGUUGGACAUGCUGAACGGGGCCGGUGACACGUGCCUGCACAGCGCCAUCUCUUUAGGCCAGUUGGCCAUUGUCAGGUGCCUCAUCGACUUCCGACCGCAACUGCUAUACCGUGAGAGCGCGGUUGGCCGGACCCCGUCCGAGCUCGCCAGCGACCUGUUAAAGGCAAAGGUAUUCGAGCACCGGCGCUCCCAUAGGGGCCGUAGCAGUGGCAACAAUAGCAGCGCACUGGCGCUAAAGGAGCGUGGCGAGGCUGAGUUCCUACUCGACAAGCUGGCGCAGGACGAGCUGCUCAAGAAAAAGGCCGAGGGUAUGCAGAAGGCGUCGGGCCUCGCAGAGACGUACACGCCGCACGAGCUGGCACGCAUCCUCGGCGCCAUGGGCCUCGAAAACCCCAAGGACUGGGACCGCAACGAUCUGCAGACGCCGGACCUCAGCGCCCUCGUGAUCUGGGACCUAUGCAGCGUCGCAGUACGCCGCCACGCGGGCAAGCGCCGCCUCGUGAGCCUCAACGAGGCCAAUGACGUCGCACGGCGCCUAGGCGAGAGCGACGUGACGUCCCGCUACUUUAGUGUUAACAGCCGCCACGCCGAGGACGACGCGGAAUCGGACAAUGAAUCGGACGAGGGCAAAAAGCUGUCCGACUUUGUACACAACUCGCUGCAGCAUGCUGGUGAGUGGCUUGUCCAGGAGCGCGAUGAGAAGUCGAAGGAAGCGAUCCCAAAAUGUGCGCAGUGCGGGGAGCGCCACAGUGACGAGGAGUAG